AUGUUAUCUUUCCUGCAUGGUGUUGAAUAUGACUGUUCCAACGGACCCGUAAUACACCAGGCUUUUAGUUUAGACAAGUGUGGUGUAUGUGGAGGUGACGGAACGUCCUGCUUAGAUUGUCGUGGGAUUCUUUAUGGUGAUUCAACAUACGAUUGUGGUAUUUGCGUUGACAAUAGAAACUCGUCUAAUUCUCAACUCAGAGAUUGUGUAGGAGUUUGUGGGGGUAACAAUACUGUGCUUGCUGUAGAACAUAAGGAAGUCUGUAUUAGGAAAGGAGACGAACAAGCUUUGUUUCCUUGUAAGGGAGUGGGGAACGCUUCAACUUACAUUAACAGUUGUGGUCAUUGUGUCGGAGGAAAUACGGGAUUACCAUCAGAUUUCGGACAAGAUCUCUGUGGUGUAUGUAAUGGCAACAACGAAUGUGUUGGUUGUGAUGGUGUUCCAAAUAGCGGCUGGAUUCUAGAUAAUUGUGGAGAAUGCAAUCCUUCAGGACACAUUAGUGGUAUGUUAAUACAUUGGAAUCGUAGAUCA